ACCCCCCUCUCUCUCUUUGUCUCGCUCUCUCUCUCUCUCUCCCCCUCCCUUUCUAUCCCUGUACAAAACCCUCCUUUCUCUCUCUCUCUCCAUCAUUCUUCCCUAUCAUCCGUUUGCUCAACUCUUUUUCCACCACCUCUUUUUCAACUCUCCUCUCUAGCCUGGGCUCAAAGCUUGGACACUUUGGUCUCCACAUAAGAUAAGGAAAGAUAAGAAAAAGAAAUGGCGAACCUCUCAAAACAAAUCAAAUUUAAAUUUCUUCUCAGAUAUGUAAGUAACUCUGCGAUAUGUUCUGAGAUCUCGGCUGGACAUUGAGGUCAGUUUUGUGAUUUGUAGAUUGUUGUUGUUUGUGUGGUCUGCAUUAGUAGAUCCACUGCUUGUACUAGAGACAGUUUGAGGAAGAGGAAGGUGGGACGUGUUUGCGCCCCGCCUCUUACUGUCCUUUACAUAUAUAGAUCACACGGACAGUCUCUCCUCACUCACAAUGAGAUCUUUAAAGCACCUGAAGCCUUACAAGAGAAGUCUGGAGGAGGCGAGCUGGCGCCGGGGUAGAUGUGAACCCAAGGUAAUGGCCCGGCUGGUGGACACAGGCACACAGACAGAUCCAGUGGUUGUGCUGUCCUUGGCCCAGGCUGCCGUGCUAGGUCUCAUCUCACAGAAUGAAGUUUUCGGAGCUACCAUUGCACCCAAUGGCUUCUACACUGGUGAACCUAAAGAAUCCCCUGCCCCCCCAGUAGACGGAGUAGAUUACGAGUACGCAGACCAGCUUAUUGGAGCUAACGGAGAUUACCUCGGAGACAACUUAGGAGAGGACGGACAGAUGCAACCCAGCUGCAGUCAGAGGAGGUGGCAGCAGGGCCCUCCUCAGCAUCAGGAGGCUAAAAUGGUGGCCCCUGAGCGCCACAACCACCCAGGGGGGGACGGGGCUCAUGUAAAAGGGGAAGUGGUGAGCUCUGGGAUGUCCUCAUGUGUUCACAUGCUCAACAACAUGGCCCCUAGAGGUGGCCUAAUCCAAGUAGACCCAGCCACUCUGAGAGUCCGCAAUAAAAACUGUGUAGAGUGUGAACGGGAAGCAUCCACACAGCAGCAGCAACAGCAGCAGCAACAAGCUCCUGUUCAUACGCACCCUCCUCCAGGCCCUGUGAGCCACAGAGGAACUGAACCUCCAGCCCACAGAGGAUUGCAAGCCCCGAGGCCCAUGGGAGCUCAUGGGCGAGUGGCCAGACAAGAAGGAGAUGGGGUGGAGCACCAGCCGAACAAUAUGAUGAAGCCUGCGCAGCCAGAGGAGGCAAUCAGCAGCUACUUCCAAACCAGCGAAGUGGGCAGUUAUGACUCCAACGAAAUGGGAAUGGGCGGAGAGUAUGAGGACAGUGGCCAGGGCAUGAUGUGGACUGAUGGGAGCGGAGGGGGGCAGCAUCCGCCACCUCAGCAGCCCCAGCCUACACGCCGCCAAGGGGGCCGCAGAGUAGACCGGCUUGAUAUCAAUAUUCAGAUCGACGAGUCCUACUGUGUGGAUGUUGGUGAUGGCCUCAAGCGCUGGAAGUGCCGUAUGUGUGAUAAGUCCUACACGUCUAAGUACAAUCUGGUCACGCACAUCCUGGGACAUAGUGGCAUCAAACCACAUGCCUGUCCUCACUGUGGGAAGCUCUUCAAACAACCCAGCCACCUCCAGACUCACCUGCUGACCCACCAGGGAACCAGGCCUCACAAAUGCACCGUGUGUAAGAAGGGCUUCACUCAGACCAGCCACUUGAAGCGCCACAUGCUGCAGCACACUGACGUCAAGCCGUACAGCUGCCGCUUUUGUCGCCGUGGUUUCGCAUAUCCCAGUGAGCUGAGGGCCCAUGAAGUGAAGCACGAGCGUGGGCGGUGCCACGUGUGCUCACAAUGCAGCAUGGAGUUCCCCACCUACGCCCACCUAAAACGCCACCAGACCAGCCACCAGGGCCCCCACACCUUCCAAUGCACAGAGUGUAACAAGUCCUUCGCCUACCGCAGCCAGCUCCAGAACCACACCCUGAAACAUCAGAGCCCCAGACCUUACACCUGCUCCCAGUGCGGCCUGGAGUUUGUGCAACUCAACCAUCUACGGCAGCACUCACUCACACACAAGGGAAUGAAGGGUCACAAGUGCGAGGUGUGUUCGAGGGAGUUCACUCUGUCGGCCAACCUGAAGAGACACAUGCUCAUUCACAACAGUGUGCGGCCAUUCCAGUGCCAUGUCUGCUUCAAAAGCUUCAUCCAGAAACAGACUCUCAAGACCCACAUGAUAGUGCACCUGCCCGUCAAGCCUUUCAAAUGCAAGGUAUGUGGCAAGUCUUUCAAUCGAAUGUACAACCUCCUGGGUCACAUGCACCUCCAUGCGGGCAGUAAGCCUUUCAAGUGUCCUUACUGCACCAGUAAGUUCAACCUGAAGGGAAAUCUGAGCAGACACAUGAAGGUCAAGCAUGGGAUGGAUGUGUCACCGGAAACGCAAGAAGUGCUACCAGAAAUGGAAACCCAGGGGGAAUAUGAAGGACAGAACUUCAACUAUACCUCACCAGACAAUAUGGACAACGGUGGCUCCCAAAACCUCACAAAGCUCACAACUGCAAACAUGGAAGAUAUGGAGGAAUAUUACAACUUUGGGAAGGACACAAACAGCUACACCUCUCCUUGAGUGGAGACACACUCUGGGUUUUUACUGAGGAGGCAGCGCCCUGGACUCCAGAUAAACGGAAAGAAACGAGACACUUCAGAUGACACAUUUUCUGAACAUAUUUUGGAGCGCUUUUUUGGCACUUCCUUUUUCAGAGACAAAUAUGGCAGGCAGACUGUCACAUAUGUACUAUGUUCUCUGUUUGUCGCAGUCAAAAAAGAGCCUACAGUCCCGUUUAAAGUAACAGGUUUACUGUUUUUCACAAAUCACUAACGUAUGUCCUUUUUAAGUACAGUGCAUCAGACUGAAAGUGCCACAGACUUGUGCAACUCAACUUCCAGGCUGACUAUAUAAUCGCUAUAAACGGUAAAUAUAUAUACUUAUAUAUAGAUAUCCAGUUUUCUAUGAUUAUUAAAUAGGUUUGAAGUACUCUUCCUAAAUGUAGGUAACCAUUCCAUACUUAAACAUAAAAGCUGCUGGUGCGUUGGUGCUUUUUGCACUGGGCAUUGCAGCCUCAUUCUAAACAGGGCACUGGCUACAGACGUUGCUACUGUCCCAUGUCAGGAUUACCACUGUUGCUGGCAUGUAAAACAGACUGUAUAAAUAUUUGACAAAAUGCAGUGUUAAUCCAAUUUUUACAUGGUUUAGUUUUACAUUAAUAUCAAUCUACUGUAGGAAAUCUACCACUUGUGUCUGCAUUACAAUACAAUACAAAGCACUUUUUACAAGAUAGCUAUUAUUUCUGUGAAGCCCACCUUUGGUACAUAAAACAGUUUUUUUUGUUUGCUGGUAAAGGACCAGAUCUAUUUUCAUUCCUUUCAAUUCUGGUUUCCUUCUAUAAGAGGGCAUAUCAAAAUAUUGUGGAGUUGAAAGUGAUUUGAUUGUAAUCUUGGUCCUCAUUGCUCUGAUUUAGAAAGACUGUUCUUCCUGUCCUGCCAUGCAGGUCAGUGUUGUUAUGCACACUAAACCUUAUGAAUGAUCGAAUAGUUCUUUUAUGUUUAAUUUAAAGAUGAGAACUUGUGGCAUUAGACCAUGGAUUAUUUAAUAAAUGUUCUCAAGAUGGC